ACGUUUACCUUUUAUUUCUAAACAUUUGUCGUGUCUGGUCGUUCAUUUGAAAACAUGGCCAAUCUCUUUAACAUUAUUGUUGCUCAAGCGUCCGAAAAUUUAACAGAAAAUGCCAAAAAUGCUACUCAAAAGACUCCUAGUACACCAGAAGGAACGGCCGUUGCAUAUAUUAGUUUAGUUGUAAUGGCCUUACUUCCAAUAUUCUUUGGUUCUUUUAGAUCUGUGUCCUACCAUAAGGAUAAUAAAGUAGAAAAAAUGACCAAAAGAGAUGCAGCAGUAUUUCCAAUUGUAGCUUCAUGUUCCCUUUUUGGACUCUACAUAGUAUUUAAAUUAUUUUCAAAAGAAUAUAUAAAUCUUUUGUUAACAGGAUAUUUCUUUUUCUUGGGUGUCUUAGCUCUAACUCAUUUAUUAAGCCCUGUUGUAAGUAAAUUAGUGCCAGCAGCAAUACCAAACAUUCCAUUUCAUAUAAUGUUUACACAAGGAGAGGGUGACAAUACGGAGUACUUAAUAGACUAUAGGUUUUCCACAUACGACAUUGUAGCAUUGAUAGCAUGUUCAUUAGUAGGAGCCUGGUACUUGGUCCAGAAGCAUUGGGUGGCUAAUAAUUUGUUUGGACUGGCGUUUGCAAUUCAUGGCGUUGAACUGCUGCAUCUCAAUAAUGUUGCUACUGGUUGUAUUCUACUCGGAGGACUGUUUGUCUAUGAUAUAUUUUGGGUAUUUGGUACAGACGUUAUGGUUACUGUCGCCAAGAGCUUUGAGGCUCCAAUUAAACUUGUCUUUCCACAAGAUCUACUCCAAAACGGAUUUGCGGCUAACAAUUUUGCCAUGUUAGGUUUAGGAGAUAUUAUCAUUCCUGGUAUAUUCAUAGCUUUAUUAUUGAGAUUUGAUAACAGUUUGAAACGCCAAACUAGAACGUAUUUCAAUGCCUCCGUUAUCGCAUAUUUUCUUGGACUGACAGCGACGAUGUUAGUUAUGCAUGUAUUCAAACAUGCACAACCAGCUUUACUGUACUUAGUUCCAGCAUGUAUAGGAACCCCUCUUGGAUUAGCUUUAAUUAAAGGAGAUUUGACUGCUAUGUUUAAAUAUGAGGACGCCCCAGAAGAGAAAAAAGCAGGAGAAAAGAAAAAAGGAACAGAAAAUAAACAAGAAGUGAAAAAAGUAAAAUAGUUCUACAAAUUGAUGUUACAAUCAAUGUGUUACCAGACACAUUCUUCCAUAUUUUUUAUAAUUGUUUCUCUGCACAUUAAAAAUUUGUUUAAAACAUCUUUGAUCUAGUGCAAUUUACGUUGUUUUUAAAUUAUUUUAUGUUUUCUAUUAAAAUGUUUAGAAACCUAUUUAUCAAAA